AUGGAACAGACUACGCAUAGAAAUCGAAACCCAAAAGUAAAUCCAAAACCCAAAGUUCCACCACCUACGAGACCAAAACCAUCAAAAUUAUCAACAACAUUUAAUAAAGUUGAUAACGACCCAAAUUCAUCCUCAGUCCUUUCAAAGCGUACAAAUACAACACCAAUUCGUGGAACGAACGUUCAUAGGUUAUCAAAUUUAUUUGAGGAUUCAAAAGAUGGUUCAAACGCAAAGUCUCGCGUGGUUCCAUCUUGCCCCCGAUCGCCAAAUCCAAAUGUGACCAUUAAAAAAUCAAAAUCAUUUUCAAAUGAACAUCAGAUGACAAAUGAUUCGAUCGAAAUUGAUGAGAGCUCGUUAGUGUUUGAUGAUAUUAAAGCGAAAUUUCAACAAGUUCAAGAUAGGGCUAUACCGAAUCCUACCAAAAGGCCAACUGCUCUCACUACCACCCAUACAAUUUCGAAAAGUCCGGAAAGAGGGUUACAAUCAACGACUACAAUUUAUAUUAAUACAAACAAUGACCAUAUCUCUAUAAAUGACGACGACUUUGUAAAUUUCAGUAGGGAAUGGAUAGAUGUAGCCGAGGAUAAUUAUUUACCAGAGAUUGAGACUAAAUCUGUAAAAUUACCACUAACUAAAACUUUGUCAAUUUCACGUUUGACAAACAAUAAGCCUUACAAUGAUGUACCAUCUUCAACAAAAAAAUCAAUUUCUUCUGUAUCGCCGGAAGAUUUCAAGGCAAAAAGAGAGAGCAUAGCUAGUCUUCUGGUUAUAUCACCAACGAUACAGCGGAAUCUCGAGGCUGAGCAUAACUUUGAGACUUCAAAAGCAUUACCACCUAUACCUUCUCCAAAAACUCCAACUGAUUUAGUUUGCCCUUCCACAACUUUGGCAGUAGAGUUUUAUAAAAGACCUAAAAGUGAAAUAUCGCCUCCAAGUGCUCCAAGUGGGGCUACAGUUAAAGAAGAACGACAUGCUAACGAUAUUAAGAGAAGGAAGAAAUUAUGGAAUGUCACAAAAGAACUUGUUGAAACAGAAAUGAACUUUUUCCAUGAUAUGGUACUCUUGGAAGAGGUUUAUUCAAUUCCAGCACAAGAAAUUCCUAUUUUCAACCCUUAUGAUUGUAAAGCAAUAUUUAGUAAUUUACCUGAAGUAAUUGAUUUUUCAGCAGAAUUCUCUGAAUUAUUGGAAAGGGCUGCUGGUAUGAAAGAUUCAGAUGAUAAUGUUGACAAUUUAGAGAAUGAAAAUUAUAGCACAUUUAUAGGAGCAGCAUUUUUACAGACGAUAACAAUGCAAGAUGGUUAUGAGAGUAGAAUGGAAUCAGUAUAUGGUGAAUACUGUAAAAGGCAUGAAGCCGCUGUUCAAAAGCUUCAAGAAUUUGACAAUGAUGAUAAUGUUCAAGGAUGGUUACAGAAAUGUAAAAAUCUAUGUGAAGGUCGAACACGAAGUUGGGAUAUAGCGAGUCUUUUAAUUAAACCCGUGCAGCGUGUAUUAAAAUAUCCCCUGUUAUUGCAGCUUGCCUUCGAAGAAAUACAAAAGGUUGCUGAAAAUAUAAAUGAGAUCAAAAGACGGAAAGAUAUUGUUGAAAAAAUAGUUGGUAGUAAGAAAAAAACGGAUGCUGAUAUUAAAUACGCUACUGGUUUAUCCAAAGCUCGUGAAGAUGAAUUAUACAAAGUAUAUGUAAUAAAGUUCAAGAAUUUAGAACAACAAGGAAUGCAAUUGAUAAAAGAUGUAAAGGAUUGGGUGAGAGACGUUAAUGUAUUCUUUGAAGAUCAACAGCGUAUUGCUGCCGCUUUUGAAGAUUUAAACACACUUGGAAUUCAAUUUUUCAAGUCUAAAGAGGAAAAUAGAAAAGUAGUGGAAUAUGCAAAAGCUAUUAAGGAACUUACAUCAACACAUGGAAUAGAAAUGGAGGAAGAAGUCAGAAGAAAUAUAAUACCGCAGAUCGAGAGGUUUUUGGAGUUAUUUAAAGCACCUGCUGCGGUUAUGAAAAAAAGAGAAAAAAAAAUUUUGGAUUAUGAUAGAGCAGAGACAAUAAAAUCUAAAGGUGGAACACUUGAUAAGCAUCUCCAGCAAUCCGCAGAUGCCUUUAAAUCAAUUUCAGAUCAAUUACAUGAAGAGUUACCUGACUUUUUUGUACUCAUGACACAAUAUUUUGACAUAAUUGUGCAAGAAUUAAUUAAAAUACAAUCAAAACUUUAUGAACGGAUGGGAAUGGAUUUUAGACAAUUUUAUUAUAAAUUUGUAGAUUCUCAAGCAUUAGAUCAUGUUUCACGUGAUAGAGAAUUGGUGUUGAGAGAAAUGGAUGUAGUUACGGAGUACAAAGAACAUUAUGAAAGAAUAAAAAUGGAAGAAAAAUUAGAACUUAAUAUAUUAAAAAAUCCUGAAGGGUUUGGAACAGAUUUUAAUGAGCUCGGUAGAGGAAAAAGGUCUAGUUGGUCAGUGCCAAAAGAUCACAACAGAAAAGGUGGAUUAUGGGAAGAUGAUUUAGAACAUUCAAAAUUAUUGUAUCAAAAUUUAUUAUUAAAUAAGGAUUAUUUGGGAAUAAAAUCUGAUCAAAAUCCAUUUGUCAAUAAUUUUAAUAUUUUUCAUGAAAAACCAGAAAAUAAAUAUACACAUGGAAAAUAUUUAACAGAUAGUAUAAUUGAUAGUAGAAGUAAUAGAUCAUUAAAUAAUUCAACUCUUGUUGAUGACGAUGAAAUUACAUUGACGGGGAAUGAGGAGACUGAGCAAGAAGAAGUGGAUAAAGCAAUAUUUUUUUGUACAGCAAUUACUACAAAACGUUCAAAACAAAAGAAUUUGUUAACUUUUGAAAAAGAUAGUUUAUUAAAAAUUAUACACCUUGAUGAGGGUGGUGAAUGGUGGUUUGCUGUUAAUGAAGAGACUCAAGGAAGAGGUUGGGUUGAUCCCAAAUAUCUUAAAAGAAUUGACUAA